AUGAACUCGGAGGACGAAUUCUUGAAUGGCCUCCUAGAGAAGUACCUGUAUGACAGCGGUGAGACAGCACGACACAGAGUCGACUUUUACCGAAGGAUCCUUCCAACAGUCUUCAAAGGGAAUGGGAAUCCUGUUUUUACACACGCCGAAUUCCAGCGCAAAAACAUCAUGAUUACGCCGGAAAAUACCGUGGCCCUUCUCGACUGGGAAUCGUCUGGCUGGUAUCCUUCAUACUGGGAGUAUGCUCUGACAGUAUAUGCCGCUAGAGCAUGGGAAGAUGACUGGCAUGUGUACAUCGCCGAGAUUUUAGAGGAAUUCCCAAACCAUUUUAUAUGGAUGCAGACACUACAUAUAGAGAUGUGGGGGUUUUAG